AUGGUGGCUUACAAUUUGGCCAAGAUGUUGGGGGAAGAGAGGGUUCAGAAAGUGGUCAUUGCUAGCUCCGGUGUUAACAUGACACUUGUUAACAACGUGGCCUUGGUUCAGAGGGCUCAAUUGGACAACAUUGAGGACCUCAUGUUACCUUACACGCCGCAACACUUGCGAAAAUUAAUUUCCCUCUCCAUCCACAAGUCUUUGCACAGAUGA